AUGGUCUUCGCCGCCCGCCAGCUACAAGAGAAGUGCCAGGAGAGGCGGACUCACCUCUGCACUACUUCCGUGGAUCUGACAAAAGCCUUCGACACCGUGAAUCGCGAAGAACCGUGGAGAAACAUGCAGAAGCUCGACUGUCUCGAGCGAUUCACGCACAUGGUACGUCAGCUCCACGGUGGGAUGGUGGCGCGUGAAACAGACAACGGCGCAAUCUCCGAGGCAUUCGUAGUGAUCAAUGGAGUGAAGCGGGGAUGCGUACUUGCGCCCAUCCUCUUCAGUCUCAUGUUCUUUGCCAUGUUGAUGGACGCCUACCGUGACAAGCGCUCCGGGAUCCGCAUCGACUACAGGACCGACGGGCACCUUCUCAACAGCCGAGGAAUGAAGGCCCCGACGAUCUGCUCUUCGCCGACGACUGAGAACUCAGCUGCACGACCGGAGAAGACAUGCCGCGGAGCAUAA